AUGCCAGGUGCUGCUGCUGGGCCCCAUCAUCGUUCCCAAAGAGCGCAGCAGCAGCCUACCGGUUCAGGUGGCAUCAAGAUGCCUCCGCCUCGCACGCCUCCCAAACAACUCUGGAGCAAUCGCACCUUGCUCUUCCUAACCACGUGUGUGGGCGGCGUCACAUAUGUGUUAGGUAUCAAUACCGGCUACGAAGCUGGCAAGAAGAAGGCAUUUGAGGACUUGACGGGCGGACAGCGUAAGCCCUCGGCACCGCUUGGCGAGCCUGUUUCGCCUCCUUCUCAGUCGCAAGUGCCUCAAAGCGGCGCAGCUAGCCGGCCGCCUCCUUUGAGAUGA